AUGGUUAGUAUACAUUGUUUUAUUCAUAGGCAAGCUUUGGUUUCCAAAACAUUGCCACAGAAAUUACUCCAGACUUUGGACUCAGCUAUAAGGAUUGUAAACUACAUCAAGAGCAGCGCUUUGAACAGUCGGCUAUUUACUUUACUUUGCGAGGAUCUGGAUUCUGAUCACAAAAAUCUUCUGUACCAUACAGAAGUACGCUGGCUGUCCAAAGGCAACAUGUUGGCUCGCCUUUAUGAAUUGAAAGAAGAGGUAAUUCUUUUUCUUCAGUUCAAAGAAAAACACGAUUUGCUCACAAUGUUCAAAGAUGACUCAUUUCAAUGGGUUCAUAGCAAAGCUUCAACUUUGUUGAAUGUUAUAUCUUUUUCUCGGCUGUUCGAAGCAAUCAAAAAUAACAAACUAGACGCAAAUUUGAAACCUGACAUAAAACCUCAUUUACAAGCGCUGGAAGACGAAUUUCGCCGAUACUAUCGAGACAUCGAUUCAGAGUCACCAAUAUGGCACAUGACAAGAAAUCCAUUUGUUGUCGAUGUGUUACAAUUACCAGAAGAAGUUCAGGAAGAAUUUCUAGAAAAGAAAGCUGAUUCGUCCAUGAAAAAUGACUUCCAUCUUUUGACAUUUGAAAAAUUUUGGAUCAAAAGAUUGCCUGUUAAUUCUAAACUUGCCUGUCUUGCUUUACGAGUACUAAUUCCUUUUUCUUCAACUUACUUGUGUGAGAAGGCUUUCCGCCUCUAG